AUGAUGAACCAGCCGUCGUCGCCCAAGAAGGCCGCCAAGGAGAUGGACUCGGUCCUCUUCGACGAGGAAGAGAAGCCGCGUGCGCCCGUGGUGGCCGCCAACGGCGAGGCCGUCGCCGACGAGAACGACGACGAGAAGAAGAACCGGACGUCGUCCAUGGGCUACGUGCUGCCGGUCGACAAGCUCAAGAACGGCGCGUCGACCGCUGGCAAGAUGUUUGGCUCGGCCUUCGAGUCGAUGAAGGCUAAGUCCUCAGCCGCCAUCGAGCAGGCCAAGCAGACCAAGGCCGGCGGCGCAAUCGCGUCGGGCGUCAAUUCGGUGUCGAGCAAGGCGUCCGAGACAGUCGGCAAGAUCAAGGAAACGGAUGCGUUCAAGACGAGCUCGUCCGUCGCGUCCGGCGCCUUGGAGAAGGCCAAGGCUGGUGCCGCCAUCGGCCUUGAGAAGGCCAAGCACGGUGCGGAAUUCGGCCUCGAGAAGGCCAAGCACGGCGCCGAGUUUGGCCUCGAGAAGGCCAAGGCCGGCGCGGAGAAGGUCCGCUCCAAAGUCAAGGGCGGCGACGAAGGCAAGGCCAUUUAA